GAGCGUAAGUUUGACGUUUCUGCCCAGUUGUCGCGACCGGUAACCGCAUGGUCGAGGUGUAAACAUCGCCCGCACAAGGCAAGAGAUCCGACCGAAGCAAGCUGCUUGCUGUUGUGGGUGCUGUUUUUUUGUCUAGGGCUGCUGCCAAUCAACCCAAAAGUGUAGCACGCGCGUGUUCAGCCCUUCGUCGCCAGCGUGUCAACCGGAGCGUGGAGCGUGCAGAGCUACUAACCUCGCCAAUCAACCGGCAACAUGCAGCAGGACGAUAUAACCUGGAGCAUCAUCAGCAGACAGUUCUGCUCGUUCCAGGUGAAGACGCAGACGCAAAACUUCUGCCGCAAUGAGUACAGCCUGACCGGGUUCUGUUCGCGGCGGGCCUGCCCGAUCGCCAACAGCCAGUACGCGACGGUGCGCGAGGAGAAGGGCAUCAUCUACCUGUACAUGAAGACGGCGGAGCGGAAUGCGUUCCCGGCCAAGCACUGGGAGAAGGUGAAGCUGUCCCGCAACUUCGACAAGGCGGUGUACCAGAUCAAGGAGAACCUGGUGUUCUGGGACCGGUGGGUGCAGACCAAGUGCAAGCAGCGGUUCGUCAAGAUCACGCAGUACCUGAUCCGGAUGCGGAAGCUGAAGCUGCGCCGGCAGAAGAUGCUGGUGCCGCUCGCGACGAAGGUCGAGCGGCGGGAGCGCCGCCGGGAGGAGAAGGCGUUGGUGGCGGCCCGCAUCGACAACGCGAUCCAGAAGGAGCUGAUGGAGCGGCUGAAGAUGGGCAUGUACGAGGACAUCUACAACUUCCCGCAGCAGGCGUUCGACCGGGCCCUCGACGAGGAGGAGGUGGAAGAAGACGAGGAGAUGGAGAAUGAGGAGGAGGAAGAGGAGGAAGAGGAGGAGGAGGAGGAGCGGGAGCGGGCGAAGGUGAUGAAUGUGAGCGAAAGCUUGCGGCGCGAGCUCGAGUCGGCGGACGCGUUCGUGGAGGACGACACGGAGGACGACGAUGACGAUUCGGACGCGGACAGCGUGUCGGGCGUGCGGGAACGGGUCGAGGUGGACAGUGAUUUCGAAUCGGAGGACGAUUCGGACAUGGAGGAUUAUGUGCCGAAGGUGUCGCUGCGGCCACCGAAAUCCGACGACGAGGAAGCACCAGCGACGGCGGCAGUAGCGGACGCGGCACCGUCCGCCACCAAGAAGGCGAAGGCGCGCAAAACCCGUAAACCCAAGCUCGAGCUCGAGUAUGAAGUGGAGGUUGAAUCACCGGCGCGGCAUAGCGUACAUCAGUGAGGUUGGUUCCGAGUCUGUCCGUCUGUCUGUCUCUCUGUGUGUACGAGACCAGAGACGACCCUUAAUGUGUACAGUGGGUACGGUACGGGGCAUCCCGGUGGUGGGAACGCGUUCCGGCCAUACCUUUAUGUUUAGCGAUUUAAACACAAUUCGUUUAUUUUGGUAUCACUGUUGCAAAUGAGGGAUUUAUCUCCAUUUUCUAAUUGAUAUUUGCUAACCUGAUGAACCGUUUUCGAGACGCGCAGAAUGUGUUUUUUGGCGACAUUUUUUAAACACACACACACACAUACCAAUCAAUCAACGUUGUUUAAGUUCGAGCCGUUCUCCCGCAAUAUUUCCUACUUAUGUUAUGUGCAACAGGAAGAAGAAAACAAAUAUUGUGUGAAUCGAAGGAAGACAUAAAUUUCAUUAAAAAAAUCUAUCACAAA